CAUCGUCGAGGGCGACGACGGCGACACCAACUCACGACAUAGACAUUGCUAGAGUUCUCCUUUCACUUCAUUCCGCCUUUUUCAACUACAAUGUCGGAUUCCUUCGCCGAUCUCUGGAAUUCUACCGCGCCGUCGAAGCCGGCGGCGCAAUCCAAGCCGCUCGGUGCGCAGGCUGCAUCCCCUCAGGCAGCAUAUGGCGCGCGACGACCCGCCCCGGAUGCCUUCUCUAUACUAUCCUCGGCGGGAUCCCCCGCCACGUCGCGUCCGAUCACUCCAUCGACGAGUAGGUCGCCUGCCGCAGCCGCGCCGCGUCAGAUGGGCGCGUUGCGCUCUACGGGGACGCCGGUGACUGGCGGGGGAGGGGACGCGUUCAGCAGCCUACUUAGCGGGACCCUAUCGACCUCGGGAAACCCGGCGAACAUGACGAUGGCGCAGCGGCAGGCGCAGGCGGAGAGCGCGCGUCUCGAGGCCUUGCGGCGGCAGAGCAGUGCUGCCGGGCGCCCGCAAGCUCAGACGUCGUCCGCGUGGGCGGGCUUGGAUGCGCUGGCGGCAAGUAGCAAACCAUCGCCUGCACCCGCACCGAGCGCGUCCUCCGGCUUGGGUGACCUCCUCGGCUUCACCUCCCCAGCACCUGCACCUGCGAAACCUACACCACCGCCUAAAUCUCCCCCUCGUGACGACGACUGGGGUCUCGGCGAUUUCGGAUCUUCCAAACCCUCUCCGGCCCCCGCGCGAUCACCCCCUCCUGCUACGAAGAGCGGAUCGCUCUGGGACCUUGACGACUUUGCUUCACCUUCCACAAAUGGCGCAAGCCGGAGUCGCGCGGAUACUCCCAGUAAAGACUUCGACUUCGGCAACCGCGAGGAUCGCGACGGGCUCUUGCACGGCAGCGGGGACGAGGAGGACAUCCUGGGCGACCUGGCGCGUCCAGUCGAUCAGGUAGCGAAACCUCCUCCACGCGCACAAUCUCAGAAUUCCUCUCCACCUCCUCGAUCCCGCACGCAAACCGCGUCCCCGCCUCCCCAUGUCCUCGGCCAGCUCAUCGAGAUGGGCUUCUCCAUCACGCAGGCGAGGACUGCGCUCGCCGCCACGGACACCGGCACGGAUGUACAAGCUGCUCUCGAGAUCUUGAUCGCGAAUGGCGCAACUGGCGGCAGCGACUCCCGCCCACGAUCUCGCGAAGACCACGAAGACGCGCCGCCACCACGGCUACCGCGGAGAAGACCAGACGCUCCGCCCCGCAGAGACUCCUCGCCAAAUCGACGCGGCGACGGUAUCCUCGGCGAUCAAGCCAGCGUCUACAUCGCCCAGGCCUCCGAAGUCGGGUCCACGCUGCUCAAGAAUGCGAGCGCGUUCUGGAAGCAAGGCAAGCAAAAUCUACAGAAAGCUUACGAGGAGAAGAUCGCUCAGCUCAACACCGGCGAGGAGGGCUCGCGCUCGCGGCCGGACUCUCGUCAGCGAGGCAGUGGUCGGCCGAAGUGGAUGGAGCAGGCUGCCGCGGAGGGCGCCGAGGAGCCGGCGUCGUCCUCGGCCUUCCGGGAUGUCGAUGCGCACCCAGUGCCGCCACGCCGACCACAGCAGGCAAACGGGAAGGCCCGCGCCGAAGCACCUGCAGAAGUCGAUCUCUUCGGGCCUGCGCCGACGCCUGCUGCGCCGGAGGAGCGCAAGUUUUAUCAGUCUCCGUAUCGCAGGAAUGCCCCGUCCUCUAGGUCAGCACCUAAGCCGCCCCCACCUAGCGCAACGCGGACCCUUGUCCCUGCCUCUGCCUCCGCCGUUCAGUCGUCGACGCAACACAAGACGCGCGGCAAUGAGGCCGUCAAGCUCGGGCAGUACGGCGAUGCCGAGGGACACUACUCCGCUGCAAUCUCGUGUCUACCUGAAGGACAUAUCCUACUUAUUCCACUGUACAACAACCGCGCGCUCGCUCGACUCAAGACCGGCGAGUACAAGGCUGCAGAAGCCGACGCGGGUACCGUACUCACCCUCGUUGAGGCCGUCGGCGGACUGGACGCUCGCUUCGGGGAUGGCGGGCGUAUCCAGGCAGGCGACGGCGCCGGCGUGGUCGACCUUGGCGAAGGCCUCUUGAAGGCAUGGCGCCGUCGCGCAGAGGCGCUCGAGGGCCGAGAGCAGUGGGCGGAGGCGAGGCGGCUAUGGGAGAAGGUGUCGGGCGCGGGCUGGGCUCGCGCGCAGGACCGCACAGAGGCCGCGCGCGCGGCUGGCCGCUGUCGACAGAUGCUCGCGCCCAAGCCCGCGCCCACAGCCGCACCCCCGAAGCCCAAGCCCGCCGCGCCGCCGAAGCUGCGGCCCGCUGCACUCAUCUCAGCCGACUCCGCGCGCGUCGCCGAGCUGCGCAAGGCCGCGGAGGACGCCGAGGCGGAGGACGCUGCGCGCGCCGACCUGAAGGACACGGUCGAUGCGCGGCUGCUGGCGUGGAAGAAGGGGAAGGAGGCGAAUGUGCGCGCGCUCAUCGCGAGUCUGGAUACGGUGCUCUGGCCGGAGCUCGGGCCGGCGCUCAAGGUGGAUAUGAAGGAUCUCUUGACGCCGGGGCAGGUGAAGGUCAAGUACAUGAAGGCGAUUGGCCGGUUACAUCCUGAUAAGCUGAACGCGAGCAACACGACGCUGGAGCAGCGGAUGAUUGCGAACGGCGUGUUUGGCACGCUGAACGAGGCGUAUAACGCCUUCGUGACUAGCGGGAAAUGAAGGCCAGGUGUUGCUGAUAUGGAUGGAGGGAGGCGCUGAUACAGGACAGAACGCCGCGUGGUAGGACACGAGUGUUAGCCUAUGAUUGAGCAGAAAAGAUUGUAAUCAUUUUUCUGCCCCUUGGGCGGCUGAGCGAGGGUGCCAGAACGCAUACGCCCGUAGGCCCUUUUAAUCCAGGACGAUGGCGAGCACGUACGGUGGCGCUUGUCCGACAACAACG